CUCUCAUUUCAGGUAUUGAUGCACAGUCCUUAGUCUUCUCCUCUCUAGGCCGAAGUGUCUCAGCUCUCUCAGCCUCUCCUCACAGGACAGGUGCAUCAGUAACCUCAUCUUGGUGGCCAUUUGUUGGACCUUUUUCCAGUAUGUCUAUGUCUCUCUGGUACUUGUGGGAAGAGGUGGGGGGAGAAACUGGGCACAGAACUUCAGAUGCAGCCUUACAAAUGCUGAGCAGAGCAGAAGGAUAAUCUCUUCUGACCUUCUGGCAAUGCUCUCUAGCUGGGUGGCGUCCCAGCAUGUAUCAGUGCUUAGAGUUGCUCUAAACCUUGCAGGAUUCUACACCCUUUUGACCUUCAUGACACUCAACUUAGCCUACCUCCACAGGUCCCUCUAGGUAGCAGCAGGUGAGUCAGCCACUAUCCCAGCCACAAAUUUACCAAGUGCACUUCACCCAUCAUCCAGAUCAUUAAACAGGACUGCACCCAUUAUUGAUCCUUGGGGUACUCCAGUCACUACCAGCCUCCAACUGGGAGACUUAGCACCAACUCUAACCCUAACCUUCUCAUUUUUUUUUAUCAAUUUCCUAUUAGUUUGCUUUACUUAGGAUGAUAUUUGGUUCUAUGCCCCACCCUAAAGGUUAAAAUAAGCAUGAAUUUAUGGGAUGGCACAUAGUCAUUGAAUAGAUCUUUUCUGUCAUUGACAUUAAGAGAUUACUUAAAUCCACAUUUGCUUUCCAGAUGAAGUAAAAAAUAUUAUACACAAAUUCCUGCCUUUUUUUCCACAGAAUAGUAGACAGACCUCAAAUAUAUGUAUUUGUUAAUUUAAAAAUGAAAUUUCACUUUCUUUCUACUUUCCUAGCAAGUGUAUCUGACUAUUUUGUAUUUGUUUGGGAAAUGUUCAUUUUCAAAAAGAAAAUACAGAAAAUCACUUAAGUAUUAAAAAUUAUUUCUUACCUGAGUUCUUUGACUGAUUAAAGAUAACAGACAAAUUAGUUACUUCAACAUAAACACAGUAGCAGUCUAAGAUAUUGUUAAAUUUCAAGUUUUUCAACUCUCUCGUAAGUCGCUUUUGAUUAAAGACUAUGAUAAGUCACACCAUCACAAAAGUCCUGCUUAUUAUGUAAAUUAGUUCCUUUUCACAAGUCGCCUUAAAUGAAUGUGAAGCUUAUUAAACACCACAAAUGGACAUCACUGUUUUGUUUGAGCUUUGCUAUAAUGAUGCUCCAAAGGAGCUAUCUUGCUGUUCUAAAAAGAUUGAAAGAAAAAAAUUAUCCAAGCUAAAGAAAUGUUUAAGUAGUUCUAAACAAUAGAUGGGAUUAGAAGGCUUAUACAAAGCCUUAUCCUUAAUGUGACUCAUUUAAAAGACUGAACUCAUCACUCACUGAAGUAGUUUCCAUUCAGUCUGUAAAAUAUAUAAAGUGGCACAGAUAGAGAACAUGUUAAUUUACACCUGAAAAGCUUAGAGUUUGAAAACUGCUUACCUUACACGAAAGCAUUAAGUAAUUAAGAAUGUGUUUCUCAUCAUAUAUGUUAAUACUUUCUUUUUCUCAAGGUUUUCUAAUCUCAGUUUCAAAAUCUCUGCAAAAAGCAGAAGAUGAAGAUAUGUUGCUAACUGCAUUCAACUUAGGAAAAACCCUUCGAAAUGGAGAUAGAACUGAAAAGAGAGGAGCAAUGCCUUUGCUGAAACGUUAUAAGAUUGAGGAAAGCUUCUUGGAUGAAGACGAUGACAGAAAAUUAAAGUUUUUUGACACUGAUUCCAGACAUGAUUUCUUAAAUCAUGGUGUACCUAUCAGUGCAGGCAGAAAGCAACUACCUUAUCUUGCACUGAAGAGAGCCAUUGCUUUUCCAGCUGACACUGAAAUUCAGAAUAUUGAAUCAGUACAGGAAAGAGAGACAGUGGAAGAAGAAAAUUCAGCUAAAUUCCCCAUAGGAAGAAGAGAUUUUGACAUGCUCAGAUGCAUGCUGGGAAGAGUCUAUCGACCUUGUUGGCAAGUCUGA